CCCAAACACUGUUGUCACAUUUUGUCCUACAGUGUUUCAAUAUUUUGCUUUGUUUAUGUCGCGCAAGUUUUCCAAGAAGGAGACGAAAUAUCCACACGAGCUUGUGAAGGCACAAGAAGCUAGUUCUUACAGAUGGCAAGAAAAUAAUUCUAGAAGAAAUCUUCUUCCAUCAUCCAUAAAUAAACAUGGAAGUCACUACAGAAGAAGCACAAGCAGUGCUGCUAGAAGGAAUGGAAGGUGCACAAUACAUUACUAUUCAAAGGGCUGAUGGAGAACCUUUAAGUAAAAGUGUUCCUCUUUUAACACUGAAUGGAGAACUAAUCUCUGAAGGAAUGGUUGUUGAUAUGAUUAAUGCUGGUGUAAGCACAGAUUAUAGUACAGCAACUCAAUAUUAUGAAGCAGAUGAUUUAUUGCAACAUGAAUUAACAGAGGAAGAUCGAAGAUUGGCUGCAGCCUUAGUUGCUGUUCAACUGCAGCAGCAGCAGAAACAGCAGCAGCUUCAUAGUCAAUCUCAACAUGAAGAUCCAACUCUACCAGAUGUUUCUCACCUUGAGACUUUAACACCUGUGAACACAUAUUCUAUUCAAACUGUUCCAGAACCAAAUGCACCUCCAGUGUACCCAACACUACAGUCCUUCAAACGAAUCACACAUAAUGUAAAACAAGAGUUUAUAAAUGUGAAAAGCGAAUAUGAUGUUGAUGUGUCUGCUGAAAGCAGCGAAGAUGCAGCUCCAAGUUCUGGACCGAAAAGAUCUUUACCCCAUAAAAAGAGAAUUCCCCGUAAACUGAAGCAACAGACCAAAAGAAGUUCAGCGAGGAAGGAUGGCAGUAGAAUAAAUACAGAUGUCAUAAAUGCUGACCCCUCCAGUGAUAUACAAGCUCACAUAUUUAAGUGUGAACUAUGCAGUUCUAGAUUUAGUAGUCAAUUAAAAUUUUUUGAGCAUUUGAAGGUGCAUUAUGAACCUGUAAAGCAGGAAACAAGAAUAGCACAAGCAACUAAUACGAACAUCACAAUAUCUGUACCAGAGUCUGUCCAGAAUCUCGAGAACACAGUAAUUGAAGAAUUUAGUGAACCUGAAGAUCUUAUGGAGGGCAUUAGGGGUGUUGUAGAGGAGACAGGUGCUCACAUAGAUGAUGAAACAGAAUCCCCAUUAUCAACGGUGAACAACGAAUCACCGUUGUGGACAAUUACCGAUGUCACGGAUCAUGUACAUAGGGACCACGUGAAACCAUCAACUGUUAAUGAACAGGGCAUCCACGAUAAAGAAAAGACUGACAUUCCACAAACAACGAAAAAAAAGAAGAUAUUGAAGGCUAGGAAAACAAAUGACGAAUUAACUUGCCCUCAAUGCGAUCGGUCAUUCCACCAUAAAAAUAGUUUAGUGUAUCACAUGCGAUCUCACAGUGGAGAACGACCUCAUCAGUGUGAAGUUUGUGGAAAAAGCUUUUUUGCUGCUAGUGCAUUAAAGGUUCAUAAGCGCCUUCAUAGUGGCGAUAAACCAUAUAAGUGUGAGGAAUGUGGCAGACAUUUUCGCCAAUGGGGAGAUUUGAAGUAUCACUCCACUAGUAUUCAUUCAGAACAAAAACAAUAUCAGUGCGAAUAUUGCGGUAAAGAUUUUGCACGAAAAUACUCCCUCAUCGUCCAUAGGAGGAUUCAUACUGGUGAAAAGAAUUAUCGUUGUGAAUACUGCAAUAAAACGUUUAGAGCGAGUAGUUACUUGCAAAACCAUCGUCGUAUACAUACUGGGGAAAAACCCCAUCCAUGUACAGUAUGUGGAAAACGAUUCAGAGUGCGAAGCGAUAUGAAGAGACACAUGCAUACGCAUUCUAGAGGAAGAGCCGACAGGGUUAUGAACAGAGUCAUAGCAGGCAAAAGUAUAGAAGAAGAAAAUGAUAAAGGUUCACAGGCAAAAACUAUUCAAGAUCUUGUUCGCGAUUUAAAACUCGAAGUGGAGGCAACGGGAGUCGUGGAGAUCGUUCCUCCAGAUGAUAAUCCUGAAAGCAUUUUGCCGCACGCAGGGGGACAAACUUUAGAAUAUACAGUGACAACAGCUCCAGACACAAAUCCUGAUAGAGACCCAUUGGAGGCAGUUGUUCGUACAACUGAUAAUAUGCAGUAUUUCUUCAUGUAAUGUCUAUUGGAGAUAAAACGAAAGGUUAUUUUUGUAACAUGAGGUUAGAGUAAAAGAUCUCGUGCACAAAGAUGGCGCUUUGUGAAAUCGGAGACCUCUGCUGUGGAUGACUGAUUCAAAGUGCUACGCAUUAACGCGCACUGCCUAUGUAAUGUGCAUAAACGUACUUUCCAAUUUCUCUGCGAGCUACAUUUUAAGGGAAUAUUUUAUGAAUAUAGUUUAAAAUAUUAUUCUUAAGACUGGUAUUAGCAGAAAACUUGGAAAAGUACAAAUAU